AUGGGAUGGACACCAACUUCAGACCUUUGGCCACCAGACCUGCUGCCGCUCGACAUUACACCAAAGCUAGAACGACGACGACGGACCCGUCCUGUCGAGUUCAAGCAGCCCCGUAUCCCGGCGAUCGCACGGUAUUCUCCCACAGGGAUGGACUACAACGCCGUUCCCACCCCCGAGGCGUGCUACGCCGACUUUUGUCUCAUCCCGGUCGGCACGGGCAAUGUCUCGGUGGCGGAGGAGGUCGCGCAGGUCCAGCGCGUCCUGGAAGCCAGCGGGUUGAAGUACACUCUUCACUCGGCGGGCACGACCGUCGAGGGCAGCUGGGACGACGUCAUGGCGGCUAUUGGCAAGGCGCAUGCGGUUGUGCAUCAGAGGGGCGUGGUGAGGGUGCAGUCGAGCAUGCGCGUGGGCAGUAGGACGGACAAGAAGCAGACGGCCGAGGACAAGGUCAAGAGGGUGGAGGACUUGUUGGGAAACAAGAGUUGA